AUGGCGAGCCCAGAAAAGCAGCAAAAUGGGUCCCCGAGCCAGGCUGCGGAGAAGCAGGAACCCGCCGCUGCCCAUGACGAUGCGGAGGAACUUCCGAAGCCAAAGCCCACCACAUUGAGACGCCUCAUGGACAAGGUCGGGCUAAAUGCUGCCACCUUGGUCCUGAUGUUCAAAGGCUCCAUCCCUCCUAUCAUUGGCAUAUCGAUGUACCAAUCGACACGAAUAUCCUCUUACUUCACGACGAUGGGAUAUUUAAUCCCGGUAAUCUCCGUCCUUGCCGUCGCGAUUCUGCCGCGCGACAGAUUUAUCCAGAACCUCAUUUUGGACCUCCUUGCCAUCUGCGUUGGCUCAGCCAUGUCUCUCCUCGUCCUCUGGUCCUCCAUCCAAGCACGUAUUCAUACCUCCCCUCCCACAUCCCAGGCUACCACGGUAGCCCCACCACCGUAUAAUUCGUCUCAGUCAGCCGUCUGCGCAGUAUGGCUCUUCGCGAAUAUCUGGUUCGCAAACCUUGUGCGGGCGAAGCUGCCUAGCUUCAGCCUGCCUGUGAUCAUCUAUAGUAUCUUGAUCAACAAUAGCACGACCUCCGGGCCCAAGCUUGCCACGACUAAAGCAGCGGAGGCCUUCGUCAAAGAGCAGCUUCUAGCGAUGCUAUUUGGAAUGGCACUAGCGACAGGUGUGUCGCUCUUCAUCUUCCCUUCUAGUAGUCGCAUGGUAGUGAUCGGGGAGUUGAGAGGCCUCAUUUGCCUGCUCAGAAAGGUAGUUGGUCUACAAAAGGAAUAUCUGGCGACCUUAGCAAGAGACGACAAUUUUGAUAUCGAAACGAGGAAUACCGAAGAGCGAGAAGUCUCGCAGGACAAGAAGAAGCUGAAGUCGAAGAAGUCGGAGAAGGUGAAGGAUGAGGGUAUGGCCAAGGAGGGGAAAGCAGCCAAGCGUCUAACAGAGACAAUCCACACAAUAAGAGUCUUGACGGGCAAGGUCCAUGACAAUAUGGCAUUUGCGAAGAGAGAUAUGGCUUGGGGAAAGCUUGACGCGAAAGAUCUCGGCGAGACGUUCACACUAAUUCGAAACGUCACGAUUUCAAUAGUGGCGAUAAAUUCACUUGUAGAUAUCUUCCACCGAGUCGCCGAACGUCGAAGGCGGAAUGUCGUUGAGGACACACUGGCUGAGAUCGCGGCGGAAGAAAAUUGGGAGAAACAAGUGUGGAAUGAUGUCAUGAAACAAUUGCACACGCCAUUCCAGACCCUUGUGGAAGCAAUCGACCAAGGACUCGAACAUACUGGCAUCUGCUUGGAGAUUCUCCCGAAACCAAAGGUAACCAGGAAGUCAACGAGCAGCGUAUCGGACGAUGUCGAGGCCCACGGAGACGCGGUGAACCCAGGCGACCAAUGGUUUGGUAGCCUUGUGGAUAAGAAAGUCCAGGAAUUCUAUUCUCAGAAUGGAGAUAUUCCUCGGGCCUGGGUUGGGGAUGAAGCCAGCGACGCCAUACCAAGGAACCAGACGCAACUUUACGUGACUUUAUAUAUACAACAACUGAUGCAUGCGGCCGGGGAAGCCCUCCAGGACCUCGUCGCCUUCGCGGACGAGAAAGUCAAGGAUGGUACAAUGAAGCAUAAACGCUUACUCUUCCCCACCGAACGGCGGCUAUGGAAGUGGUUGGCGAGUGUCUUCAAAGAACAGGACUCGAGCGUAAAGCAGAACCAGGAUAUCCUAGAGACGAACAACGUUAAUUACGGAGAUAGCUUUAACCCUAAGAAGGAUCUAGAGCAUCUUCCUGCCACCAAUAUCUGGCAGCAUUUUGGGAACGGGCUUCGUAGGAUCCCGUUAGCCUUGGGAUCUAAGGAGUCAGUCUUCGGCUUUCGAGUUGCCGCUGCUACAAUAACAGUCGGUAUACUGGCAUUCUUGGAGCAAACCCAACAAUUCUUUCAAGAUCAGAGGCUAGAUUGGGCAAUGAUUACUAUCGCUCUGGGAAUGACGAUUACUUCUGGCCAGUCGAUUUUCGGCUUUUUCUGUCGAGUCGGGGGUACGUGUCUAGGCAUGAUCUUCUCACUGGUUAUCUGGUAUAUCGUCGACCAGAAGACCCCCGGCGUUAUUGUUUUCCUAUGGUUUUUUAUCUUCAUUGAGUAUUACUUUUUCAAAUUUCCCCGGUUUCUUACAGCCGUUAUGAUUACCAUUAUUACUCAGAUUAUUAUUAUCGGUUACGAGUUGCAGGUAAGACAGCUUGGCGAAGCGGUAGCAAUUGAGUCAGGACAGCCAUACUAUCCAACCUAUCUCCUGGCUCCGUAUCGGCUCGCUGUUGUCGCGUCAGGCAGUCUGAUUGCGUUCUUCUGGACAAUUUUCCCUUCUCCUCUAACCGAUCGGACUUGGCUUCGACAGGAUUUGUCCGCGACCAUAUACCUUCUCGCUCAAUAUUUCAGCGUCAUACUUUCGACUAUGCAAUCGCAGCUUGAAGGGACAGCAGGCGAUAUCGAGUCAGAAACAUCGCCUGCUUACCACCUUUUAAAAGCUCGGCGUAAGAUUUUCGGCAAGGUUAUGCGUCUCAUGUCCUCUAUUGAGUCUCACGUCGUGUGGCAGCGGUGGGAGCCCAACCUAGGCGGUCGCUUUCCCGUUGAGACCUACCAAGAGAUCGUCAAGCGUAGCGGGCGUAUCAUGAGCUAUCUAACGCUUAUGAGCUAUGCCUUAACACAUCCGCCGCGAACGCAUAAGACGGCGGACCCCGACGAUGGGCAAGCUGGUUCAUCAAAUGCUGCCGCAGAUGCGCAAGAUAAUAGUUGGUGGCAGGCGCUCACAGAGGUCCUCUCGGGAGUAGAACCGACGAACCAUACUUUCCUGUCGACAUUGACCUUAUUGUCAAACUCGAUGCUUGCAGGCCAGAGCUUGCCACCCUUCUUGCUUCUUCCUCAACCUUACGAGAUGAUGCCGAGACUAAUUCGGCUGCCUAAAGACGACAGGGCCACUGAAUCAGAUCAAGGGGACAAUCCAUCACUUCCCCAUCGGGACUUCUCACGUGGACGCGGAAACUCGGGACUGACUACCAUCGAUUUGCGCCAGGAGGCCCCAGAUCACGUCGCGGAGAAACGCACCAGACGUGACCCACAACCCCAGAGCAAACAAGCAGAUGUGGCCUUCCCCGGGGACACCAAAUCCCUGGACGCACCCUUGGAGCUGCGUGGCUACGCAGAAUUCGUCGCGACGCAGGUGUGCAGCACGCUGGUAUGCGACGACCUUGAGGGGUUGGUGCGGGCGGUGAGCGGGCUUGUAGGCGUCGUGGACUUCAGCUUCCGCGUGGGCGUGGGCGAUAGGGAUAGCAAGGUCAGCGAUUUGGUUGAAAAGCCGCUGGCCCAGCGGAGGACGACUCGGCUUGUUGCCGCGAUCAGAUGGAAUGGUGUGACGCAGUUUUCGGCGAGUAGGGAGACCAAGAGAAAAGACCUGUCGGCUGAUGACUGCUACUUUGAGUUGAGCAGCUCUAGAGACACGGGCAAUAUUUGCAGCAAAGUCAAGCCUGCUGUUCUGAGGUGGAUGGCAUUUCUGCAUCAGCACUGGGCUUGCUCGCCCUUCUUCCACGACUUUCUCGGUCUCAUCGAGAGCAGCAUGCUCGUGGUUGAGACGAACGGCCAAAGACCCGUCCGCAGAAUCACUGCGGCAGACGUCAAGCAGAGGAUGGUUAGCUUUUACAACCGCUCGGGCUCCGAGGCGGCGUACUUGUCUGGGGCAAACCCGCUGAAUGACAUCCUGGCUUCGACGAUACAUCACCUAGGGAAUUGCCAUUCUGAAGAGGCCCCGAGGUGGGCCGUUCAAGCCAAGGCAAACACAACCGACAUGCCUGCCUCUUGGGAAUUGGCAAGGAGCUGGCCUAACUCGAAGACAAAGCGGAGGCAUUUGAGCAGCAACACUGGCGACGGAAAGGACGGCAUUUCAUCACCACUUAUGAGACGCCAUACUAACCCGGUCUAUCUGAGUGAUGUAGUCAUAAGUGAUACAUCAGCUUCCACGAGUGACCUGAACAAGCAGAACAUCAGCACGACACAGACGAUUCAGGAGACGGGACUAGCACAUGUCCGUCGGUUCGCUUGCCCCUUCUUCAAGAUGAAUCCUCACAAGCAUGGCAAGACUUGUUCGCGGGGAUGGGAGCACAUUCAUAGGUUGAAAGAGCAUCUAUUUCGGAAGCACACUCUUCCAGACCAUAGAUGCACCCGCUGCCUAUCUCACUUCAAAGACAAUGCCGAGCUUGAAGCGCACGCUCGCUCCGUCACGCCCUGUGCGUUAAGAGAGCCUUCGGAUUCCGAUAACAUCACUCCCGAACAGGAGCGACUUCUGAGGAAACGACCUCGGAGAGAGACCAUGUCGCACGACGCGGAUUACAAUGACUAUAGUCUUCCAUCAUCGACGACGGUAGAAUACUCCGAGACUAUCGAUGACUAUAGCAAGUUCCUCGAUGGGGGCAUCCCGUCCCACGUGCAGACUGAGCUGCAGGCUACGAUAAGUAGAGAGCUAGGGGUUAGCGAGGUUGACGGGAGGAAGAUUGUGGACAUAAUCCCGAUGUUGCAGCAAACGCUGCUGCAGUCGUUUCAGAACUACAAAGGAGGGCUAUCACAGGGUUAA